AUGACUGAUUCAGUAAGCGAGACAGUGAAGCAGGUUGAGGAUCUCAAGGUCGAAGACAAGCAACAAAAAAUCACUCCGUGGGAGGUCGCGGGAGCCACACAGGACGGCGUUGAUCAAGGUAUUGAUUAUGACAAGCUUGUGAAAGAGUUUGGCUCGAAGCGCAUCUCUGAGGAGACGUUGGCACGGUUUGAAAAAUUAACCGGACACCGCCCUCACUUGUUGCUGCGGCGCGGCAUGUUCUUCAGUGAGCGCGACUUGGAUUCGAUUUUGGAUCGCUACGAACAAAAGAAGCCGUUUUUCCUCUACACCGGCCGGGGACCCAGCUCCGACUCCAUGCACCUGGGUCAUAUGAUUCCCUUUACGUUUACUAAAUGGUUGCAGGACGUUUUCGACGUGCCCUUGGUUAUUGAGAUGACCGAUGACGAAAAGUUCCUGUUCAAGCCGACGCUUACUUUAGAACAGACAUACGGCUUCUACAAGGACAAUGCCAAGGACAUUAUUGCCGUUGGUUUUGAUCCCAAAAAGACCUUUAUGUUCAGUGAUCUGGACUUUAUGGGCGGUGCCUUCUAUCGUAAUGUCGUCAAGGUGUCCCGCCAAAUCACAACCUCCACGGCCAGAGCGGUGUUUGGGUUCAAGGACAGCGAUCCGAUCGGCCGUCUGCAUUUCGCAUCUAUCCAAAUUUCCUCCAGUUUUUCAAACUCGUUCGAGCAUUUAUUCGGCACCAACGCCAGCAUCCCUUGCUUGAUUCCUUGUGCCAUUGACCAGGACCCUUACUUCCGCGUCGCCCGUGACGUUGCAUUCAAGCUCCGCUACCCCAAGCCGGCCUUGAUCCACUCCAAGUUCUUCCCCGCACUGCAGGGCCCGUCGUCUAAGAUGAGUGCAUCUAGCGAAACGUCUGCCAUCUUCAUGACCGACACAGCCAACCAGGUCAAGAAGAAGAUCAACAAGUACGCCUUCUCUGGCGGCCAGGUCUCGGUGGAGGAGCAGCGUCGGCUGGGCGGCAACUGCGAUGUUGAUGUUGCCUUCCAGUACAUUUCGUUCUUCCUGGAGGACGAUGCGGAGCUCGAGGGUAUCCGUCAAAAAUACACCAGCGGCGAGCUGUUGACCGGAGAGCUCAAGGCAAUCGCAAUCAAGUUGCUGCAGGAGUUUAUUACCUCGUUCCAGGACCGCAGAGCCAAGGUUACGGACGAGGACGUCAUGCAUUUUGCCGACACUAAACGCCGGUACGAAUGGGGCAAUGGACAAUUCAGUAACGGGGUGAACUAA